AUGAGACUUAAUCAUAUUGUAACGCGUUUAGAGCAGCAGCUUACGUUCAUCGAUUUGAUUUCUCAUGCCGCGGAAAACUUGGAGAGGGUCGGUCAGGCGAACAUUACGUCGCAACGUAUACACGCGCGUCUCGCUUCCCUAAAGGAAACUUGGGAGCAGUUCUUGUUGCAGCAUCAAGCUGUCAAUCUUGCCAUAAGCGAAUUAGACACUGCGGAUAAGGAGACUGCGCUCGCACAUUCUUACUUCUCAGGGAAUUCUUUCUCAUCGACACACGAAUGUUAUCUCGAAGCCAUCGAGCGUAUGAGCUCUUUUCUCGAGUCGGAACGGGAGCCGUCGACACAUUCUUCUUUGACGCAAUCUAAUUCUCAGGGCACGAGUAAUGCUACAUAUUUUCAUCAUGCGCGCUUACCGCGUAUUGAUAUUCCGAAAUUUAACGGGACUCCUGCCGACUGGUUGUCCUUCAAGGACCUGUUUAGCUCGUUGGUUCUUUUGAAUCCUACACUUACUUCCGUUGAAAAACUUCAAUAUUUGAAGACGAGUUUGAUCGGAUCAGCUGCGCUGCUCUUAAAGAAUACGACUCUGACUGCCGAUAAUUUUCAGAAGGCAUGGGACGCCUUGAUUUCGUUUUACGAGAAUAAGCGACUACUUGUUAACGCUGCCCUCCAUUCGUUGGUUUCCUUGAAGCGGAUGAGCAAGGAAUCGGCCGGCGAAAUGGAGCAGCUGUAUACUAACAUAAUGCAGAUUUACCGAACGCUCGAAACUUUAGACAGGCCUGUACAGCACUGGGAUGAUGUUCUCGUUUUUACGGCCGUUCAACGGCUUGACUCGGAAUCGGUAAAGGCAUGGGAGCAUCAUCUUGGUUCUUCGAAGGAUCCUCCUACCUGGGAUCAAUUUAGUACGUUCUUGAUUUCUCGCCUGCUCUCUCUGCAAGCCUUUGAAAAAUCCCGUCCAGGGAAAUCGGCGAACUCCGCCAAUCAAGCCUCUGCUAAAUCGCACUUUCAGGGUAGAUCGAAGGAUAGCAAGGCUGCUAAAGUAAAUACUUGUACGAUCUGCUCUUCGAAGCACUAUAUUGCACAAUGCCCUCAAUACGGUUCUAAGACUGUUCCUCAACGCCUUGCUAUUAUUACGAAACACAAGCUCUGUUAUAAUUGUCUCGGUCCUCAUCGAUCUUCUGUAUGUCGAGUCACAAAACGAUGCUUAAAGUGUGGACAUAAACACCACACUAGCAUCCACCAAGCUAACAAGCAAUCGAGUAAUUCGGGCUCGAAAUCAACGGAGGACGACUCCUCGGUCGCCUCUACUUCCUCCUCAACCGCCACCGAAGCAACGGUGUUCCAUUCCGCUUCAAAAUGA